UAUAUUACACUCUACCCGAAGUCUGAAGAUUUCAUUCCCCUUCUGAACUGUAGACAGAGGUUUAAUACACUUGAUGCUUCUCCAUCACUCGGAAUAAAUGAAAAUCUGUCUAAGGAAUUUAGAGGAUUUAUAGAUCAGGUUAGUAAAAGCAAUGCCCUGUGUUCAAACUCAGUAUGGAACUGUGCCCUACGACAACAACUACUUUAUCUCUGAGUUCCUGAAUCCUGACCUCAGUGCUAAGCCAGCCAUGGACAUCGGUGCCCAGCGGGACCAGCUCACCGCCUCCUCCCUCCCCAGCAUCAACACCCUGGUGGGCAGCGGCUACGUGGGCGAGUUUGACGCCUACUCGUGCCAGAUCACCACCUCUGCCUCCAAUAUCCCCUCCGGCCCCGCGGCCGGCGGCAGCUCCAGCCCUCAGGCUCAGCACUCAGCCUUCAAACUGGACGACCUCCAGGUGUACGGCUGCUACCCGGGCUCCUUUGCCCUCAGCUACCUCGACGAGACGCUGUCCUCCUGCGGCUCCGAUUACUAUGGCAGCCCUGCGUCGGCCACCGCCUCCCCACCCACCCCGGGCUUCCAGAGCCAGCCUGGCUCGGCCUGGGACUCCCCCUUCAGCCCCUACUCCCCAGGCCCUGGGUGCUGGGUGGCUGAUAAGUCAGGCUUAGCUCAGCAACCCUCCUUCUUCACCUUCACCCCCCCGGUGGAGCAGCAUUCCCCCCUGGGGCAGCAUCAGGGCCCCCAGCAAGGUGAGGAGGACCCUUUCUUCCAGCCCUCACAGCAGCAUGCCUCCCCUCUCCAUUACACCCCCUUAUCCCUGGACCAGGUGUCCCUGGACAGCCCCGGGCUCAUGGAGGGGCCUAUGUUGUCCCCUAAGAUCUGUAGCCCCGGGGCCAACGAGGGUCGCUGUGCGGUGUGUGGGGACAACGCCUCCUGUCAGCACUACGGGGUCCGCACCUGUGAGGGCUGCAAGGGCUUCUUUAAGCGAACUGUACAGAAGAAUGCUAAAUAUGUGUGCCUAGCCAACAAAGACUGUCCAGUAGACAAGCGGAGGAGGAACCGGUGCCAAUUCUGCCGUUUCCAGAAGUGCCUCGUGGUGGGAAUGGUGAAAGAAGUCGUCCGCACAGACAGCCUGAAAGGUCGCAGGGGUCGUCUGCCCUCUAAACCCAAGACUGUACCAGAGUCAGUGUCCACCACCCCACCCAUCAACAUCAUCACCUCUCUUGUCAGGGCUCACAUAGACUCCAACCCCGCCAUCGGAAAACUGGACUACUCCAAGUACCAUGAGACAGUGGUCAGCCUAUCAGAGAAAGAGGAUGCCAACGACAUCCAGCAGUUCUACGACCUGCUGACUGGCACCAUGGAUGUGCUGCGGAAAUGGGCCGAGACCAUCCCAGGAUUCACCGCCUUCUGCCCAGAAGACCAGGAGCUUCUCCUGGAAUCUGCUUUCGUGGAACUCUUCAUCCUCCGGCUAGCAUACAGGUCGAGUCCUGAGAAGAACAAGCUGAUCUUCUGCAAUGGUGUGGUACUUCACCGUAUGCAGUGUGUGAGGGGCUUUGGCGACUGGAUCGACUCCAUCAUGGACUUCUCCCAGAGCCUCCACCGCAUGAACCUGGACGUGUCCUCAUUCGCCUGCCUCGCAGCACUCGUCAUCAUCACAGAUCGCCAUGGCCUUAAAGAACCCAAACGGGUGGAGGAGUUCCAGAACCGCCUCAUAACCUGUCUGAGGGACCACGUGGCCAGCAGUGGCUCCGACGCUGGGCGGCCCCAGCCCAACUUCCUGUCCCGUCUGCUAGGGAAGCUCCCCGAGCUGCGCACCCUCUGCACGCAAGGCCUGCAGCGCAUCUUCUACCUGAAGCUGGAGGACUUGGUCCCUCCACCACCCAUCGUAGACAAAAUCUUCAUGGAUACCUUACCUUUCUGAAAAGACAGAUAAAAAGAUGAAGAGGAGUGAUUAAGUGAUGAUGCUGAGGGGACAAAAAUAUGAUAAACUGAGGAGGUGAAUAGGGGGCCGUUGUCUGUGUCCAUUACAUUUGGGACUUAUAGGACCCCCCCCACUGAAGUGGCAUCUCCCCUUUCCAGUGCACUGACUUGAUGAAAAGUGUCUGAUUCUGCCUCUGGUCCAGUGUCUAAAAGUGAGGACUUAGACUGUAUUUUUCUCACAUUUAGUUUAAUAACAAAAACCUGUGGGUGACAGAAUUGGAUGUUUAUUUUCCAAUCUGUGGAAUUAUCCUGGACAAUGCAUUCAACAAGAGAGAGGAAGACAUGAGAUAACAUUUCUAGUUUUUGGUCUCUUUUGUAAGUGUGACUUUGUAGAGUGGCUUUAUCGCUAUGCAAAAUGUGUACGUUUGUGUUUUUGCACGCUACAAAAUAUUGAGAGACAGUUGGUGUGUAUGUACAGCUCUGAGGGGGGAAAGCAGGCAUGUUCACACCUGAACACCCACUUAAACCUAAGUUCUCAAAAAUCCUAUUGAGUUUCCAAAUCCCAACACAACUUAAUUUAGUAGCUGUUCAAAGUUGACACAUAGGGAGGCCAACAGUGUCAAACGCUGGAGUCUCCAGUCCACUAGCCUUUCUCAAAGACAACUGUUGCGUCCUACAUUUCAAAGUGAGUAUUUUCAGUGAAACCAUAAUAAUAAUAAUAAUAAUAGCCAUUUGUAGUCCUGAUACCACACAUUUACACCUAUAGAAGUUCGGACCAAAGGGUAGCUGUCUAUCUGUCUGCAGUGACAGCUGGCUAUUGUUGUGACAUUUACAGCUCAUCAACCAUAAAGCCUUAAUGUACUUUACAGGCCCAGUGCAGUCAAAAAUGUGAUAUUCCUGUGUUUAUAUUUAUAUUUUCACACUAUGAGGAUGGAAUAAUACUGUGAAAUUGUUAAAAUUAUGAUAAUGCCCUUUUAGUGUAAGAGCUGCC